AUGAAGAACGCGUACUUGAAAAGAGUGCUUGGAGAAGAAUGUUUGAACCGAGUCCAAUCAUCUCGAGUGUUGAUGGUUGGCGCAGGAGGAUUGGGAUGUGAGUUAUUGAAAGAUCUUGUUUUGUGUGGGUAUGGCGAGAUCCACAUUGUUGAUUUGGACACCAUCACUUUGUCCAAUUUGAAUCGUCAAUUCUUGUUUCGCAAAACUGAUAUUGACAAGUCGAAAUCAUUGACAGUUGCCAAAGCAGUGGAAGCGUUCAACUAUCUAGGCGCAAGGCUUGUGCCAUUACACGGCAAUAUCAUGGAUACCAAGCAGUUCCCAUUGGAGUGGUGGCAACAAUUCGACUACAUAUACAACGCGUUAGACAACAUUGAAGCGAGGAGCUACGUCAAUUCAAUGUGCUUAUUGUUAAAGACUCCGUUUAUGGAGAGUGGCACAGAGGGCUACAAUGGGCACGUAAGUCCUAUCUUGCCUUACAACAGCGCGUGCUUUGAUUGUCAGACCCAUGUUCCUCCCAAGACGUAUCCAGUGUGCACAAUUCGAUCUACUCCAUCAUUGCCUGUGCAUUGCAUCACUUGGGCAAAGGAAUUUUUAUUCUACCAGUUGUUUGAUGAGCAGGAGAGUAGCAGUUUUACCGAUGCCGACGCUAUUGCCAAGGAAACUGACAACGAUGCUGAGAUUGAAAACUUGGCACAGGAAGCCAAUGAAUUGGCUGAAUUACGGGCGAAAAUCAAGCACAGUGACAAAUUUUUUGUAGAGUUGGUGAACAAGAUCUACAAAGUGGAUAUCGAGAGGUUAUUGAGUAUUGAGACAUUGUGGCAAACACGGAGACCACCAACGCCUCUAGAGUGGGAUUUGGAAGCUUUACAGAGGCUAGAGACUGCAGGAGCCUUUGAGCUUCUGGAUACAAAAGUUUGGUCAGUUGAUGAAAAUUUACGUGCAUUGUACUUCUCAAGCGCUAAUAUUCAACGCCGCUUACAAAAGGAAGAGUUUAUCUCUUUUGACAAGGAUGAUGAUGAUACCAUGACUUUUGUUGCUGCUGCUUCCAACUUGCGAUCGCAUGUGUUUCAUAUUGAGGCCAAGUCCAGAUUUGAUAUCAAGGAGAUUGCUGGAAAUAUCAUACCCGCCAUUGCAACCACAAACGCGUUCAUAUCUGGUUUUGCCAGUGCAAUUGGUACCCGAUACUUUCAAAACAAUGCGUCAUUGCAUAUCCUUAACACGUCAGUAGCACCCAAAAAUGCAAUUGUGAGUGCGCCAAUUCCACCGCCCAAUCCCCAUUGUUCCAGCUGUUCUGCACGACGUGAGUUAUUGUAUGUGAGCAAACAUGAUUUUGAAUCAUUGACGUUACAAUGGCUAGUUGACAAGUUGACUCCUCUAUACAAUGAGGAUAUUUCGAUCCAAGUGGGCGAAUCGAAAUUGAUCUAUGACGUCGAUUUUGAUGAUUAUCUCCUGGUGAAGCUAAGUCAAGUUCCCGAUCUAAAAGUCAUCCUUGUACAAGAUGAUGCAAAUAGGUUGCAAAAUCUUGUCUUGUAUUUGGUUAUUGGUGAAGAAACUCGCUUCCCAAGUGUUGAUCUUCAAGCAAAGCCCGUGAAGGAAGACAGUGAUGAUGAUGACAAAAUAAAUGGUGAUGACAUUGAAUUGGUGGAGGGAGGUGCAGCAGAUGGAGACUCUUCUGAUGUGGAGAUUGUGGAGCCAGUGACAAAGAAGCAACAUAUAGGAUAA